AUGGAAUGUUUUCGUUCGAGGAUUAUCACAAUCUACCUGAAAAGGCUCAAAUAUUCACCUCUGCUUUGGAGGAAUGCGAAGAGAGGAACAAGAAGUUCAUAUAUGUGGCUCUAUGUGAGUAUUUGUUGUGGGGACUUUCAAUUUUGGAAACUGUCUGGCACCCCUAGUAGCCCUACUUGUAAGACUCACUCUUGUGGAUUCAUUUUUUGGACAAACACUCAUCUACUUGGAGACCAACUGAGAUAUACGAUCAUGGACACAAUCGGUAUGUAUCUCAUUAUAAAGCAGAGGCUAAGAAAUAUUCAUAAGAACGAUCCACGACUGUUCCAGUAUGUAUUCGAAAAUGGUCAUCCUCUACCCUACAACCGAUGA